GGCUCAGAGGACACAGUGAAAACGCUCAUCCAGGCUGUCUGGAUCUUCUGGGUUUUCAAACAAAAGGGAUUUACCCUCAAACCACUCCACAGUGUCUCUUUCCUUUUUUCCCUCCUCAGGAAGAAUGGUACGAAACUUAAAAAGUUGAUGAAAACAAGCCAGCAGGAGAGCAGGAAGCUGCUCAAGGAGGUGAAUGGAGGCUGGAGAUCUGGAAGGAGGGGAGGAGGUGACCUCUGUGUGGGCCACCCUAGAGAUGGAUCCCCAGGGAGCCCAGGAGAGGCAGCAGCAGCAGGGUGUCAUCCCCUUCCUGGGCACGUUCCUCUAUCACCUGAAGCUGCUGGACAUUGGGAUGGAGGAUGAUCUGGAAGGAAAACAGUCCAACUUCCAGAAAUGGUGUGAGAAAUUCAAAGUCAUCAGGAGGAUCCAGCUGCUCCAGCAGGCUGCAAAUGCGUAUGACCUGGAGCCCGAAGAGCGAUUUGGGGCCUGGUUCCAGGCCCUGGAGCCCAUCAGUGUCCAUGAGAGCCGCCACGCAUUUGGCGAUGAGCCGUCACACUCUGGAGACCACAAGUGGAGCUCCUCCUGACCAGCAGGGAC